CCGGCUGCGUUCCCCGGGGGCCAGCUCUUCCCUUCCCUGCCGGCGCCUCGGGCAGGGUGGUUAGGUGCAGGGAGGGACCCGCUCUCACUUCCUCAUUGGGCUCGCUUGCCAUGCAGCAGCAGCAGCAGCGGGCUGCUGCUCGUGCGGAGCGCCUCCUCCGCGGCCGCUGAGCGGGAGCCGGGGCAGGGAGCCCCCUCUCUCUGCCUGCCCGUCCCCGCGCGCGGCGGGGCGCGAGCCGCAGGUGGUGCGGAUGGGCAAAGCAGAGCCGCGAGGAGGCGCGAAGAUGAGCCGAGGCACGGGGGUCCUCCCCGCGGAGCAAGAAGGGGACGUGCUAGAGGAGCUGCAGAGCCUAGGGUGGUACCACGAUAAUCUCACCCGCCAUGCAGCAGAGGCUCUUCUUCUUUCCAAUGGAUGUGAUGGAAGCUAUCUCUUAAGGAAGAGUAAUGAAAGGAAUGACUUGUAUUCUCUCUCAGUAAGAGCAAGAGAUUCUGUGAAACAUUUCCAUGUGGAGCACAUGGGGUCUUCAUUCAAGUUUGGCUUUAAUGAAUUUCCCAGCUUGAAGGAGUUAGUCAUGCAUUUUGCAAACCAGCCCCUAAUUGGAAGCGAGACAGGCACCCUAAUUGUACUGAAACAUCCGUAUCCCCGGAAAGUGGAAGAACCUUCUAUUUAUGAGUCUGUCCGGGUUCACACUGCGAUGCAAACAGGAAAAACUGAAAAUGAUCUUGUCCUGAAUGCACCUUCGCUUGGUACAAAAGAAGGAUACUUGAUAAAACAAGGCAAAAUAGUAAAGAAUUGGAAAAUGAGGUGGUUUACACUGCAUAGGAAUGAACUUAAAUAUUUCAAAGACCAGACGUCCACAGAACCAAUUCGGGUACUAGACUUAACGGAAUGCUCAGCAGUGCAAUUUGAUUACUCACAGGAACGAGUAAACUGUUUCUGUUUAGUAUUCCCGCUAAGGACAUAUUACCUGUGUGCAAAGACUGGCAUAGAAGCUGAUGAGUGGAUUAAGAUACUGCGAUGGAAAUUGUCACAAAUAAGAAAACACCAGGACCAGCGUGAUGCCACCUCUCCCCUGUAGUUAUGCCUCUAAAUAAUUUAGUCAGCGAGAGUCAGCCUUCAGCAUUGAGCGUCACUUCACACGAGAGCAGUGUCAGCACAUGAGUUACCUACAGUGUACAUCUAUGUACUUGCAUAUAUAAGAUUAACGCUAGAGGGACACUUUCAGAAUGUGAAGUGUUAUCAGUGAAAACUGUUGCAUCCUAACAAUGCUGGUUCCCUACCCACUCGCAUGUUCCUAUUCGGUUCACUUUUGCAUCACAAAAGCGUUCAGUAUUUGAAACGUUCGGCAUCGUAGUAAAGCACUCUCAGUUAGCUUCAUUGAGCUUCUGUAAUAAAUGCAUAACUAACUACUAGCAACAGCUGUUCUGCAUGGGUUAGCCCACUCAUUUGAAAUCAGCUUUUUUUCUGGAAACCUUAAAUAUUUGUUUUGCAUUGUGUUUUAAGGGUUUAAAUCCUAGAGGAAAAUUAUGUCUCCAGAGUGAAUUUUUUUCAUUGUGAAACUGACUAGAGUGUAUUUUUGUAAUUAAUGUGAGUCCCUAUUACAUGGAAAAUAUAAACUUAAUAUUUUUAAAGUCCAAUGUCAAAGUGGGUGAUGAAUAAUAUUUGGCUUUGAUUAAAGAUAUUAGCGUCUGGUCGGAUUCUACAUUUUGGCAGUGGUAGUUGCAAGUGUGUAGAUUGGUGCUCUCUCUUUCUGUUAAAUAGAAUGUAUGUUACAGACAUGUACAAUAUUGAGAGCAUCCUUAUUUAUACAUUGGGGUGAUAAGGGCACAGGGCAGUUGGACCCCAGCGUCUCCAUUCCCAGUACACCCAUGAAGGAGUAGCCAUAGGCACCCAGGGAAUGAGGACAGAAUGCUGUACAGCCAGCAAAGCCCUUGGUCCCCAUUGGACCAAGAGCUUUUUAGUUUCAGAGUAACAGCCGUGUUAGUCUGUAUUUGCAAAAAGAAAAGGAGUACUUGUGGCACCUUAGAGACGAACCAAUUUAUUUGAGCAUAAGCUUUCGUGAGCUACAGCUCACUUCAUCGGAUGCAUACUGUGGAAACUGCAGAAGACAUUAUAUACACAGAGACCAUGAAACAAUACCUCCUCCCACCCCACUCUCCUGCUGGUAAUAGCUUAUCUAAAGUGACCACUCUCUUUACAAUGUGUAUGAUAAUCAAGGUGGGCCAUUUCCAGCACAAAUCCAGGUUUUUUUUCCAAAAGCCACACACACAAACUCACUCUCCUGCUGGUAAUAGCUUAUCCAAAGUGACCACUCUCCUUACAAUGUGUAUGAAAAUCAAGGUGGGCCAUCACUUGCCCACAUGAAGAUGAUCAUUAAAUUUUACGCAUUUCUGCUAGCCGCAUCUGCUUGUAAUGAUCUUUUCCUUGGUUAGUAUUGAGAGUUUACAGGCAGAAGCUAUUAAUUUUAGUUGAUUAGGUUUGUGUGUUUUAGGGGACAGGGGCGAGGGGAUAAGACAAGUUAUAUUCUGGAAAUCAAUUGUAAAGCAUUUGGCAGCUCUCUGGACAAAGAAAGAAGGGAUCAUGAAUUUGUUUUUAAAUAUCAAAUUAGCUUGAAUUGUACCUGCUCAAAAAUGUUUUACAUUAGACAAGGCCAUGUUAUGUUCUCCUGCCAUAUAAACUGCUGUGGCACUUUUUAAAAAAAGCACACCAACCAGUUUAAUUUUCCAUAGCUGCCUCUCUUCACAUAGAAGAGGCAGCUAAGCCUGGAAAAAGAAGAGACUCCAUUAUGAUAGAGGAAGAAUUCAGAGUUGUAAUUACAGGAAUAGUAUUUUGUUUUAACUUAGAUGUUCACAGUAUUUGACGAAUUUUGUAUAGACUAAAUAUUUUAAGAUGUCUUGAGUAAAUACGGUUUCACCAUACUAUUAAAAAGGUACUCUUUU